UAUUUUGUUUUGGUUGUAUUUUUUUUUUUUGUGUGUUUUUUUUUUUUUUUGUUGUCGUUGUUGUGGGAGGCUCUGUGGUUUCAGGCGCUUAAACUAUGUCCGGCCGCGGGAAGCAGGGAGGCAAAGUCCGAGCUAAGGCGAAGUCGCGCUCGUCGCGGGCCGGGCUGCAGUUCCCCGUGGGCCGCGUCCACCGGCUGCUUCGGAAAGGGAACUACGCGGAGCGGGUGGGCGCCGGCGCGCCGGUGUACCUGGCGGCCGUGCUGGAGUACCUGACGGCCGAGAUCCUGGAGCUGGCGGGCAACGCGGCCCGCGACAACAAGAAGACGCGCAUCAUCCCCCGGCACCUGCAGCUGGCCAUCCGCAACGACGAGGAGCUCAACAAGCUGCUGGGCAAGGUGACCAUCGCGCAGGGCGGGGUGCUGCCCAACAUCCAGGCCGUGCUGCUGCCCAAGAAGACGGAGAGCCACAAAGCCAAGAGCAAAUAAGCUCAGUGAGCAAAGCUGCUCGGAUUUUUCACAACGCAACAUUGUAACCCAAAGGCUCUUUUCAGAGCCACCCACAUAGCCAGAAAAGAGUUGUGUUGCUUUAUUUACAAAAGUGUUUUGGUACUAAAUGUUUCUGGUGUGCUGCUUUUGCUAGUAGAGGUAAAGCCAUGUUUGUGGCAAUGCUGGAAAUCUUGCUCGUCCUUACCUGAAAAGGGACUUGCCUUUACUUUUUAGGUCCUCAUUCUUCUUGAUGUAGGAAGACUAAUUAUAUUUGUAGUAAUUUAUUGAUUCUUUUGUAACCGCAUUAGUGAAACAUUUGUUUCUCAUGUUCAAUCUACUUAACUUUCAUGACUUUACAGGCUACUUAUGGCAUGAAAUAUGGGGGAGGUGGGGUAAGGGGUGCCUAAAAGAUUGAGUCAGGUGUGGAGAAAGCUGUGCAGCAUGAAAAUAAAAGGAACAUCAUCCAAAACCCAUAUAACAAGAUCUAAGAAUGAAGAAAGGCUUCCUUUGUUGGCCUUUGUUCUUUUAAAGAUGUAAAGUUUCCCUGUGACUUUAUUGGAAGUUGCACUCAAUUAUUUUAAAGGUCUAUUCUAACCUAAAUGAUUCUAUGAUUUCUUCAUAAAUUAUAUGAGAAACGCCUUAGGGGAAAUGUCUCAUUUUGAUCUAGAUCCUUAACUAGUCAGACCUGUACUGUAAAGCAACGAUGUAGCAUCUUUCCAUUCAGAAGAACCUUCUUGCAGAGCUAGUAUAUUCUUGUUUUAAGUGAGAUUUUCAGACCCAUCACUCUUAAAAUCCCUUACUGUGUAUAGGUAUUCCUUUUGUUGUUGUAGGCAAUAUUAUUUAAAUUAAUAUCCUAUAUUGUUGACACAAGUAUCAACCAAGAUCAUAAUGUUAAAGCUCUGUAGAUUCACUGUUAUAAAUCACGAGAAACACUGUCUAGCUGAUUCCUUUUGAUAGGUUGUUCCCAGAAGCUGAGCCCUAAUGUUCUGCAGCACCCUGCGCUGAGAUCACAGCUCCCACCUGCACAGCACCUCUGCCCUCCCCAUCCCCUGGGGAGAAGGAGGAAUUAUCUAGGCUCAGAGGAAAGCAAAUAGCACCUAUAGCAAGAUACAAUCUCCUGUGCCUCUUCUCCCCACCCCCAAGCUGUAGUAGAAAAGCUUUUUAGAUAGGGUGGUAUAAUGGCUAAAGUGGGACAUUUGGGAUCGUUUGUGGAAAGAAACAUAAAGGAAGAGAGCUGUCUAGAGCACUAGGCUAUUCUGAUACGGUGACAGUAUCUGUGCAUGAAGUUUUGUUUGCAAGUGGAUACAUUUAGAGCUGUAACGCUGUUUUAUUGAUUCUCAUUAUUCUGUUUUAUUGAUCAUUACCUGCAGCUGCAUAUCUUCUGGCACUUGUAUUUUUCUUGAAGAGAUCUGAUGAUAUAAAAACUGGGUCUUGACAUGUCAAGUCUUCUAUAUUUAGUUUUCAGAAUAGGUACCUGCAUGUGUGUAUGUCAGAAGAUAGCAAUCAUAGGAAGGUUUGGGUUGGAAGAGAUCAUCAACGAUCACCUUGUCCAACCCUCCUGCCAUGGGCAGGAACAUCUUCUGUUAGAUCAGGUUGCUCAAAGUCCCAUCCAACCUGACUUUGAACACUUCUAAGGAUGGGACAUUCAUAACUUUGCUGGGCAAUCUGGUCCAGUGUCCUACCACCCUCACUGCAAAAAGUUUCCUUCUUGUAUCCAAUCUAAAUCUACCCUCUUUCAGUUUAAAGCUGUUGCCCCUUGUCCUGUCACCUGCCUUUUAACGUGCCUUGGUAAAAUGUCUUUCUCCAUCUUUCUAAACUGAAAGUUUGCAAUUCGGUAUCCCCAGAGCCUGCCUUUGUCCAGGCUGUCUCAGCCUUUUCUUAUAGGAGAGGUGUUUAAUCCUUCUGAUCAUUUUUGUGUCCCUUCUCCGGACCUGCUCCAACAGGUCCGUGUUUUCCUUUUGCUGGGGACCCUAGAACUAGAUGCAGGACUGUAGGUGGGGUCUCACAAGAGCAGAGUAGAAGGGGAGAUUCACUGCCCUCAACCUGCUAGCCAUGCUGCUUUUUAUGCGUCCCAGGAUAUGAUUGGCUUUGAGCCAUGUGCAUGUCUAGAUAAAAGCACUGGAAUUCCAGAGAAAGCCCGUGGGGGUAUCUGUAUCCAGGAGUGGGAUUUCUCUCUGAACAAACUCCUAAAUGUGGAAAUCAGAAUUGUUACCACCUUCCCCUUCUCUGAAUGUGGAGUUAAGUUCAGUAUAUCUCUCCAAAUUCUUCUUGUCAUCUAACCAGAAAUUCAAUAUUUUCUUCAGAAUUUCAUUCCAAACACCUCUUAUUUCACUCACUGCUCUGCUCACCUUAGUGACUAGAAUUUUACUCUGUGAUACAUAGGUCUAGUUCUUAGCAAUCCCUAUUUUUGUUCUUAGCCACUAGUGGUUGUACCAGUUGCAAACCCCAUGUUGUCAUCACAUUGAUGAGGCUUCAGAUGUAAAUGUCCUGUAAUUCAGACAGAUUGUGGUAAGAGUGAUGGCAAAUCUACUGGUACUAAAAACUUGACUUUCAAGCAAAUCCCACUGGAUGAAGAAAUGUAGCAAAGCAAUUUUAUGUAAGUGAACUUUCUCUCAUUUCCAUAUACAGCAAACAGUAGUGAAAGAGGAAAUCCUUACCAUAUGGUGCCUUAGGUGUAUCAGUGGGUUCCAAUAUUCCUUCACAUUCUAAAGAACUCGUGAUGCAAAAAAAAAACCUCUAACUGAGCUCCCUUGAAUGUUACACAUCAUAGUUAUAUUUAGGGAGAACUCGGUAAUAUCAGUCUAUAUAUCAAAAGUCAUAUAACUCCUUAGCUAAAAAGUAAGGCAAAAGGGUUUUCUACCUCUUUUCACCUUUGUUUGCAAUGUUAGGAAUAAUGCAUUCUACUAAAAAGACCUUACAGCAAUUUGUAUAUUAUUGUGGUUGUAGCAGAUACAGAAAUGGAUUUUAAAUUACAUAUAACCUCCCAAGAAAAUUAAGGGCAGCUAUGCAGUUGGAUAUAAAGCACUGAUGUGAUGGUACUUUUAUUAAAUUAUAUACUUCCUUGCGCAGUCAUAGUGAGAUGUUGCCUUACUGCACCAAACAAAUGUAAUUUUCUCAUUGUAGUUCUAGUGAGGAACUAGGGAGACUGUCCUAAUAAAUAUAUUUACACUUGAA